CUCCUGAAGAACUAGUAAAAUUAACCACAGGCCAUGGCUCAGCACUUUUUUGGAAACUCAGACUCCACUUUGCAGUCAACACCCAAAGCUGGUCAUCACUGUGCAUCAGCAAAGGUGCCAGAUGAGGGCCGUAAUGCAACAGGCGAAGCACUGUCAUUUGUUAGCCUGGACAACAGCACUGAGCAGCAGAGUGAGGACUCUGGUAUCGGUGUUUCAAAAACCUCAACCAGAAGUUCACCGGUCAGCAGUGCUAUGGAAGACAUUGGCCUGUUAUCUCCCACAAAUUCAAGUAUAGAUGAGAUUGGAAAGAAAGCACAGGACCUCAUCGAGGGAAUCAAUGAGAGACGGGCCGUGGACCAACACGUGAUGGACAGCUUUGAAGAAAAACUCAUUAAAAAUGUGCGUGAGGUGUGUCAGCAGGUGAAGGAGCAGAUGUUUGUCUUUUAUGAACAGCACAGUCAGGGGAUGGAGGCCAGUAUUACCGAGCUGUCCGAGGUGCUUGAUCGGAGCAGUCAGCUGAGUUUGGAGCUACAAGGAGCCAGUCAAACCCUGGCAGCCAUUAACAAGGGCCUGCAGCACAGCACUGAGCAACAGAUACACAACUGAGCAGUCCAGCGAUAACAGAAUAUGAAGAGUCUCAAAGGCAUGGUACACUUAUGGAAGAACUUUGACAUGAGAAAUGUAUUUGGUCUAUGGUUCUCAGUCUAUGAAAA